ACUAGAACUUGUUUUGAUGAGACCAAAGUACCAAGUCUCAGUGUUCUAAAAUGGCAGGAUCUUUGAAUUCACGCGCCCAGGUGGCGGUGUUGUCUGUAAUGAUUCUGCUAUGUUUAACUGGAAACAACAACAUCGUACCGGUCACAGAAGCCAUCUGGUUAAAUAUACCGAGUUCAGGGACCAAGUGUGUGUCCGAGGAGAUACAAAACAACGUCGUCGUAUUGGCUGAUUAUUACGUGGUCGACGAAGCUCAACCUGAAAAUCCUUCCACUGUCUCUGUUCGGGUGACAACUCCAUUUGGAAACAAUGCUCACUACAAUGAAAAUGUUACUCAUGGUCAAUUUGCAUUUACAACUACCGAGGCUGGCAAUUAUUUGGCAUGUUUCUGGUUGGGCAACCAACAACAAGGUACAAGCACAACUCUAAGUCUUGACUGGAGAAUCGGAAUUGCUGCCAAGGAUUGGGAUUCAGUUGCAAAGAAGGACAAGAUCGAGGGUGUUGAAUUUCACUUGACGAGACUUGAAGCUUCAGUGAAAGCCAUCCACGAUAAUCUGCUCUUCCUCAAGCACAGGGAAGCAGAGAUGAGGGAAGUCAGUGAAGUAACCAAUUCUAGAGUGGCACGGUUUAGCAUCAUGUCGCUUGGUGUCUGCAUUGUGGUUUCAGUUUUGCAACUGUUGCACUUGAAGCAGUUCUUUCACAAAAAGAAGCUCAUCUAGAUUGUCUUUCAAAUUUUGUUUGUUGAUACGAAACUUGCCAGAACUGUAGAAUGGAAAUGAUGGAACCCAUUAUUUGAUGUUGUAUCAUAGGUUAUUUAUUUUUAUU